CGCGAUUUAGCCAACAUCUCCAAACCGGCGGUGAAACACUCUCAUAUUCGACUGCGUGGCCAGCUGAUGGCACUAUUGAACCGCUAGAGAGGUUAUCCAGUGAGGUUUUCAGAGUGUUGCAGAAGCUCAAAGGUAUCCACCAGCGCGUGUUUUGCAACCAAACAAAGAUCAGUGCCACCCAGAGUCGCCACCGGCACCGUCCCGCCAGUACCAUCCCUGCGGAGCUUUCCGCCAGCAACUCCCGUACUAGCUCCCGCUGGUGGCACUCUCCCCCGUAACCUGUCGUACCAGUCCUCGCUAGCCUGAUACUGCCAGUACGCUGGCCUCGCUAGCAAAUCGCACCGUCCCACGACAGUCGGCGCAGCCACACACUGCUAGUUCCGCACACCAAUCCACCUUCUUCUUCCACACCACACCAUGACUAUCACUCCAUCGGUCUUGUAUCCUCCUCAGCCAUCCACCACGCGUGCGCAGACUCUCCACCUCUCGUACGACCCCAUCCACAACCGGAUUGCCUAUCCCAACGGCAAGUCGAUUGUGGUCAGACUGGUGGACCCCGAAUCUAGUGCUCCAGCCAAACAAUUCACUAAACACAUCCAUGCCACCACGGUGGCGACGUUUGCCCCUUCAGGCAACUACAUUGCCUCAGGAGACGAGUCAGGCCAGGUGAAGAUCUGGGACGUCGCCGUUGUGGGAGGGCCAGGAGCCACAGACGUGUCGCCCUUUGAGCAGCCCAACAUCAAGAGUGAGUUUCAGAUCCUUUCGGGACCCAUCAAGUCCAUUGCCUGGGACGCUGACUCUGCUCGUAUCAUUGCCGUAGGCCAGGGUAAGGACAAGUUUGGCCAUUGCUUCUCGUGGGAUUCCGGUAAUUCGAUUGGUGAGAUCCAAGGCCAUUCGUCGUCUAUCAAUGCCGUGGCCAUCAAGCCCCAGAGACCGUACCGUGCUGCCACUGUCAGUGAUGACAAGGCAUUGGUUUUCUUCCACGGACCUCCUUUCAAGUUCGAGAAGAGUGUCAGGGACAACCACACCAACACCAUCAGAGACGUCAAGUUCUCCCCUGAUGGCAAAUGGUUGGUCAGUGCAGGCUCAGACAGGUCCAUUGUCAUCUAUGAUGGGAAGACUGCAGAAUAUCAGAACAAGAUUGAAAACGCCCACCAGGGUGGAAUCUUCAGCAUUAGCUGGUUCAAGGACUCCAGUGGCUUUGUUACUGCUUCUGCCGACGGUACAAUCAAGUCAUGGGAUGCCGAAACCUUGAAGGAAACCAACACCUAUGUGGUCAAUUCUCAAGGCGGUGUUGAAAACCAACAAGUUGGUGUGGUUGUUGCUAACGACUACAUUAUUUCCUUAUCUUUCAACGGUAACCUCAACUACUUCGAAAAGGGCGCUGCCACUCCUUCAAAGGUUAUCCCUGGACACCAAAGUGCAUUGACUAGUUUAAAAUUGAUUGACUCCACCUUAUACACUGGGGGAUCUGAUGGUUCUCUUUACCAUUGGAAUCUUGCAAAGGAUACCGUGCCAACUCCUCUUGGAGACUCCAAAACUGGGCACUCCAAUUAUGUCGUGGAUAUUUUGAAGGAUGGUGAUGAAAUAGUGACCACAGGCUGGGACGAUACACUCAAGGUUUGGAAGAACAAUGAAGUGAUUAAAAGUGUCAAGUUAUCCGGCCAACCCAAGCAGGUCGUGAACGGGAAGAACUUGGUGGUGUUGUACGAGUCCAAGAUUCAAGUCUUUUCUUCAGAACUCCAAGAAAUCUCCAGUGUUGAUUUAGGUUUCAACUCCAAUUCCUUGGCCCUUGUAUCGGACAAAGUACUUGUCACCAACAAUACCACAAACACCAUCGAGGAAUUUUUGGUUGAUGGCCUCACCAAAGGCUCUGUCAAAUACCCACAAUUGCGCUCGCCUCCUAGCUUGAUCAGAGUUUCGCCAGAUGGAAAGUAUGCUGCUGUUGCUGAUACCACCGGUAAGUACACUGUCUACAACACCUCCGACGCUUCGGUGGUCACCACGCGUUGGGCAUUCCAUACCAGUAGAGUCUACGAUUCUAAGUGGACUCCUGACUCCAAGUUUGUUAUUAGUGGAGGUUUGGAUGGUGGAUUAUUUUUGUACUCGAUCAACAAGCCAUCCAAGGUGUUGAAGUUCCCAUUGGCUCAUCAGACUGGUAUUUCUGGUGUCGAGUGGACUAAGUAUGACGAAGACAGUGGUGAGUUUGUCACCGUUGGUCUUGACGGGGUAGUCAAGACCUGGAAGGUCGAUUUAAAGGCCUACAAGUAGACCAUUCAAGUUAAGUGCUUGAGAUAGAUGUUCCUUCAAGUAGACUACAUUCAAGUUAUAUACUUGUAAUGAAAAGAUGAUGCAUUCAAGUUCCUUAAAUGCUUGUAAUGAAAAAUGAU